UCCGUAUUUGGUAGCGUUAAACUAGCCACGAUCUUACUUACUCGCUUGUUAGCGAGGGCAUCAUGAUGACUGUGUCUUGAUCACAUACGUAAACACUUUUAGAUUGAUGACUUCCUUCCGAUAUCACCACCUAAUUCAACAAUGCGCUGUUAGAUUAAGACAUCAUAGCGAGCAACAUUAAGUGCAAUGUAAGCACAACUAAUACAACCUUCGAGUAAAACUAAUUUUGAAAUUAUAUUUUUACUUACUUUGAGUUGUGCAUCCCGUAUGAAUGCUACUUUUUUGUUAAAACAUUAAAUUUACUUGCUCGUGUGAAUGUACUCUAUUGUCAAUCGUGUGGAUUGAAAAGAUUGGGAUAUGAAAUAUUGAACAAAAAGAUACCAAACCGGUCAAGUGUCGAGAAAAAUGAAGAUGGAAUUAUUCAACCUUCUACCUAUCCUAUGUUUGCUUUUACACACGCUUUGCAUGUCGCUGGUUGGCGGUACAACUUGCGGUGCUCUUAACGGCGGUUUCGAUGGCAAUCGCUACCGUAUCGAUUUACAACCCAGUGAUUUUCUACUACAAAACAAGGACGCUUUGGUGCGGUGGUUUAUGGCUCCUGUAGCCCCAAUCAGAGACAAACAAAUCAGAAUCAUAACAAACGACUUGUUUACCAUAAGUGAUAAUGAAACAAGACUUUAUGUAUUGGUUCUGAAUGCUUCUACAUAUGGAACAUAUUUCGUGGACUGCUUUUUAUCAAGUGGACCUGUAUAUAGCGGCUCUAACCGACAUGAUGUGAACAAUAUUGUUUUGGUCUCCACAACAUUUGCACCAUCAACAGUUCCUUCGACAGACCAGACUAAACCUAGAUCAGCGAUGACCGGAACUACGAUCAUCGUGGUCAGCGUAUGCGCACUGCUUAUUGCUUUAAUAAUUGCAGCCACAAUUCUGCUAAUCAUGCGAAAAAACAUGAAACACAGAGCAUCCAGACUUAUCAACCAAGAAGACACAUCAGCACACCAACAACGAAGUGACGAUGCGGCAUCUGUUUACGAUGAAAUUGACAUGGACAAACACAGCAAAAGAAGUAAGAAACCUCAACAAUCAGUUCCUAUCACUGUACCUAGCAAACGACCAGGUCAGGUGCCCGUGCCACCAUGUCGAGGUGAUCUAUCGAUUGCUACAGCACAACGAAUUGAAGACGAUUACGCAAUCAUUGACUCAUAUGCAGAUUCAGAAACGGGAAAACCUCGUAAAAGCUGUUCAGGUGCCAAUUCAGUGCUAGUCGACACGUGUGUUGACUAUUCAACUGUUGUUAAAAGCAAUAAAACAUCUGAAAACGUGAAUGUCAUAGAGUACGCACAGGUUAAGAAAGCUCUAACAUCUCCUAGCAAUGGGAUAAAAGGUGGAGACAGUCUAGAAUUUACAGUUACGUUUCCAGGCAUAGAUUGUAACACAAUAAACACGUGUUUGCCAGCGGUUGAUAUGGAAUAUCGAACAACCGGGCCAACUUAUUCUAACCUUUCCGCGACCUCCAAACUUCAAAGAUCUCAAAAGAGAAAGAGCCGAGUGAAGAGUCGGGAGCUACAAAUGCAUUACGCAGCGCUUGACCACAGUUUUUCCGAAAGCCCUACAGGUGUUCAAUCAGGCAGUUCGUCAACUGGAACCGUCGAAGACAAUCAGAAAUGUCAAUACGCAUCCAUUGACUUUGAGCGACAAGCAUUUGUUGCUCCGAUAAGAAAGGCACCGUCCUCUUGGUUCAGACGAAAGAGGUAGCCAUACUUCCCGGAUGUUUGUGUUAAAGAAGUAACCGAUUCUUCUUAACAAUAAUUGCAAACAUGUAUUGGCUUGUUUUGUUUUGUGUUGACAAUAUACUUCAACUUAUAUGCUUGACUUAAGAGAAAUAGACAAAACGUGUUGAAUCUGUUUAUUAUAUAAUGAUCGUGUUAAAGCGAACGCUUAUCGAAAAUAAAGGUGAGCGUUACGGUUAUUUUUUAUUCAAUAUACUUUGACAUGAUGUCAAUAUGUCAAUUUGGCAUAUAUGAUAUACUUCAUGUUCAAAUUAAAUAAUAAUGAUAUACCAAAUGCAUAUACACAUCAUAUUAUUUUAUUCAUGUGUCACGAGUGUCAUUCAUGUGUAUGUGUAUGUUAUGUACUUGUGUGUUUUGUCGAUUUCAUUCUUUUCAUCUCGUACUGUUUAACAAUUGGUCACUUGCAAUACAUAUUGUUCACAUGCGAUCGAAAAAGUGUAUCUCCUGUCGGUGCAGCUAGAGUUUCAGUUGUUAUAAUACCACAUGUUAGUUCACUCUAUACUCUAUUUACUCUAUGACAUAUAAACUACUC